AUGGAACGUGCAAGGGCAUACGGAGGGCACCGCUGUGUUGUGUUCCGACUCUUCGUCACAGAAGAUCUGACUCGAGAGGAAGCCAAGCUCGCAUUCGAAGCGCAAGCAUCGGUGCCGCGAUUGACGAUCCACCAAUGGAAGAAACUGCUACGCGACCUCGGUAUCUUUAAGUAUAUUCGGGGGGAAGACGCUGUUCGUGCAAAAGCUAUUCUUGAUCAGACACCGGAUGGCCACCACUGCCUAGUCUUUGCAGAUGGUGUACUUCAACAGAACGAAGAGGUUAUCCGACACUGUGAUAGGAGACAGGACCCGCCGAAGGAGAAGUCCGAUCCUCGGGAGCUCACCUGGAUCCAUCUACCAUUCCAGGUUACCAUGUUAAGCGACCCAGCCACUUUCAGGAGCUUCCAAUACCUUCUUUUUAAUACUCGGGUUCAUUUCGAGUCCUGCUUUGACAGUGGCGAAUGGGCCCCAAAUCACAAGGGGGUAUACGCCAGGAGCACGGAGCUAAGAGCACAACUAGCGGGUCUCAGUAAGCUGCAUAACAUGGUCUUCCGUGCAUUAAGGCAAAUCAAGGCGGGUGAAAAUCAGCGAGCCGACACAUUGCUAAACAGUUCCUUUGCUCUUCUCCGAUCCGUCGUGGGAUAUCGUCACCAUCGCCAGCUCCCUGAUAUCCUUGGAAUACUACUCAUGGUCAAGAGAGCCGGCAACGAGGAGCUGCAGAAUGGCAUUGUAGCCAAUCUGGUUUCUAUGGCACGAGAUGUGCUGCCACAGAAUGAUCCGCGCAGACUCAUGCUCGAAUUCUUGGAAAGGAUUGAUUGGGAGCAAUUAUGCCCCCUAUAUCUCGCGUUUGAUUCUUACUGCCGUUUCUUGUGGAUGAACAGAGCAGGAAACGACCCCGUCAAAGCAUAUUUCUCUUAUAACCAGGCUAGGUUUCCCAGAGCUGAUGCGGGUGAGUUCUACAGCCUGUACAAAAGAUUGUCUGUCUUUGAGAUCGAGGGCAUGCUCGAUAGAAUAGACCUCGAGCUCGGAAAAUACAGCCACGAGUCUAUGACCCUAUGGCACACUGCAAUGGAGUACCUGUGGAGUGAGGGGGAGUAUGUGAAAAUGGGCUACAUUUGUCAACGUUUAUCCGAUCGUGCUGGUCGGCUUGGGACAAGAUUUGAUUAUAGUCAAGACCCACAGCUGAACCACGAUGUUUCAACCACCUUUCUUCUUCUUGGUCUAGCACAGGAGGCCCAAGGGUAUCCUUACACUGCGAGAAUGUCUUUCGAGCAGGCAGCGAAAGUUCGAGACUCAAUCAUCCCGGUUGAUCAAUGGGAUGCUGCUAGAGAGGGGGCUCUGAGCAAGUGGGUAGAGGUAGAUCGCCGGAUUGGACAGUUGCACACAGCGAACACCAACAGCAUGUUGAUCGAUAGGAUGUACACAGCUAUCUGA